AUGGUCGAAGAGUCCAAAGCGGCCGCGCGAACGCGCGAACGUUCGAACUCUGUCGACUUCGUCGGAGUCGCGGGCGAGGGCUUCUGGGGCCACGCCGCCCGCGCGCGCGUCGCUUCGGGCGAGAGGCUUGCGCUGUUCAGCGGGGGCAGCCACGGGUCGUCAAUCCUGCGCCGCGCGGCGACGUGCGGCUGGGGCGGCGCGAUCGCGCUCGUGGGGGCGCUGGCGCUGCGCCCCCCCGCGACCUGCGCCCCGUCACUGGCCAGUGCCUCCGCGGCGGCGAAUAGCCACGAGCUCUGGAUCCCGUCUCCGAACUGGGCGUGUCCCCACGUCCCUCUCUGGCGAUUCGCGGCGGGUUCUCUCGCGAAGCGGGCGGCCCUGCUCCUGCGCGAUGCCGGGGCACAAGGCGACUACUGGCCCCGCGCGCAGACCGUGGUGCCGGGCGCGACCGUACACCGCUAG